AUGGAUGAGUUAAUUCAACAAGACCAGCUCAUGGAAGAUGAGUUAAUCGAACAACAAUUCAACCAAGAAGAGUAUGAAGGGACUUCUGAUUCAGAGCAUGAACAACAACAAAAUGAUCAAGGCAAUGAUGGUGAUGGGUAUGAUGCAGAUGAUGAUGCAAAUCAAGAAGAAUUACAACACAAUUGCAGAGCAACAAGAAAGAUGACAGUGGAGCAGAAAAGAGCCAUUGUUGAGGAGAUUAUGUUGCACAUGGAGAGGGACUCACUGCCAAGAGGCUUUUUAGCCAAUUUGGCAAGAAAACAUUCAGUGCACAAAUCUACAACAACAAGAUGGUUUCAGGUAAUUAAACAAUCUCUAGCUGAAGGUAUUGUUGUUGAUGUUAAUACCAAAAAAUUAGGCAGAACAACUGAAAGGGGAUAUGCUGGAGCAUUGAAAAUACCCAAAAUAGCAUUGCAUAGACUAAGGCAGCAAGGCAGGCUGAGAACACACACAAGCACAAAUCAUCCAGCAUUGACAGAAAAGCACAAAGUGGCAAGACUUAAAUGGGUUUUAAGUCUAAUUAAUCAUGUUCCAGCAAUUGGGGACCCAACAUUUAGUGAUAUGCAGCAAUGGAUACAUUUAGAUGAGAAAUGGUUCUACAUCAAUCCAGAAACAAGAACCUUCUACCUACUUCCAACAGAAGAUGAUCCUUACAGAGCUCAACAAUCAAGGAGGUUCAAAAUCAAAGCUAUGUUUAUGGGAAUGAUAGGUAAACCAUUGUUUGAUGCUGAAAACAACAUGAUACAUGAUGGAAA